AUGUGGAGCAAGAACUCCGCAUACACAACUACAAAAGACUCCUGCAUGACUGAAAUUUUGCAGUGCAGAAAACAAGACAGAGAUCAAAUGAUGUCACCUUGGCUCAGAAGCUUUGUUGCAUAUGGGCAGCACCUGAAUGAAAGGCACAAAUUAUUCCCGUUUGGAUGGUUCCUCCUCCGAAAUUUAGACGCCUCAUCCGAAACUGAGAACUUGCAGAAAGGAGACAAAUCACAUUGUGGUACCACAGAUCUUACUGCCAACUACUACACAAAUGAGAAAGGGAAUUCCGAAUAUAAACCUUCAGUAUCAGCAGCAUAUCAUGUCAAAGUUCAGGUCAUUGAUGUCCGCUUUUUCAUCGUGCUUUGCUUUGGAGAACCCCUGAAUGUGAUGGCAAAGCUAAGCUCACAAGCAAAACUAUAUCUAAGUGGAGGACUGAUGAACCAGAGUAGCAAUUUCAGAAAUAGGUGCUCAAACAAUGCGGAGGACUUACCGCUGUGCGACGGGUUAGGGCCGGUGCCGGGGUCAGCGUCACGGCCGACGUCUUCACCAUCCGAGGCGGGGGCACGGUCGCAGCGGGGAGGAGGAGGCCGGGUGCAGGAUCGGCGGGGGCAACUGGGGCGGCGAGGAGGAGUCCGGGUGCCGGGGUUGUUAGCGUCGCGGCCGACGUUGUCGGCGUUGGGGGCCGCUUCGCAGCUGGGAGGAGGACUGGAGGAGGCUGGGUGCCAGGGUCGGCGGGAGCGGGGUCUGGGGCAGCGGGUGGGAGGAGGUCAUGUGCCGGGGUCAGCGUCACGGGGCGAGGUCGUGGAGCCACGGGGAGUAGAUUACGAUGAACCGGAAACCACUAAGGGGUCAAAGAAGAAUUCACAGUCUCUUGCUAUGAAGUCCCCAAUUAAAGGGUCUCCUAAUGCUUCCUCACUACCAACUGAGAAAGCAAACAGUGUACAAGAUAGCAAUGGACCUUUAGUUUCUAAUGCUGCGAAAGAGGAAAUAGUUGUACAAGCACAAAAAAUCAAGUAUGAAGAUGAAAUUGACAAACUGUUGGAUGAACUUGGCCCAAGAUACACUGACUGGCCUGGAUCCGACCCGUUACCAGUAGAUGCAAAUUUACUUCCUGCAGCCGUGCCAAGUUACAAGCCCCCUUUCAGAGUUCUGCCAUAUGGUGUCCGGCCAUCUCUUAGCCGAAUGGACACUACCAAUUUACGCCGUCUUGCCCGGGGACUGCCUCCUCACUUUGCUCUCGGACGAAGCAGACAACUCCAAGGCUUAGCUAAUGCUAUGGUAAAGUUGUGGGAGAAAAGUUAUAUUGCUAAAGUUGCUUUGAAGAGAGGAGUACAGCUUACCACCAGUGAGAGGAUGGCUGAAUAUAUUAAAAAAUUAACAGGUGGCGUGAUGCUUUCAAGGAACAAUGAAUUUAUAGUCUUCUACAGAGGGAAGGAUUUCUUGUCCUCAGAACUUACAGAGGUGCUGCUAGAGAGGGAAAGAUUAGCAAAGUCACUUCAAGAUGAAGAGGAAGCACGGCGAAAGGCAGCAUCUUAUUUUUCUUCAAGUGCUGAGACAUAUGUACAGCCUACUGUAGCUGGUACUCUAGGAGAGACUCUAGAGGCUAAUUCUAAAUAUGGAACUAAACUUGAUGAGAAUCAUGCGGACAAAAUGACAAGAACUGCUGAAGCUGCAAGACAUGCUGACCUCGUAAGAAAGCUAGAGUGGAAGCUCUCACUUGCACAGAAAAAGAUGGAGAAAGCUGAAAGGGUACUAGGAAAGGUUGAGACAGCCCUGAGGCCAACUGAAGAUUCCAGACCUGAAACAAUAACAGAUGAAGAGAGGUUCAUGUUUCGGAAACUUGGUCUAAGGAUAAACGCAUUUCUGCUCCUCGGCAGAAGAGGAGUUUUUGACGGCACAAUUGAGAACAUGCACUUGCACUGGAAGUACAGGGAGCUGGUGAAGAUACUAGUGAAAGCGAAGUCUUUUGUAGACGUGAAGAGGAUAGCACUAUCACUUGAAGCUGAGAGCGGGGGAAUUCUUGUUUCAGUUGACAAAGUCUCCAAAGGCUACGCCAUUGUUGUGUUCCGAGGGAAGAACUACCGGCGCCCUUCUUCGCUCAGACCUAGAAAUCUCUUGUCAAAGCGGAAGGCUUUGGCCAGAUCCAUCGAGCUUCAGAGACAUCAGGCAUACUGUUUCGAUUUUGUGGUGGUUUACUCAAAGUUAAGCUUGCAUAUGUUGGGUGUUCCAAAACAAGGGAACAGAUUAUGCUUACAGCACCAUAUCCCGUGUUCUGUUUUAAUCAUGUUCCAGAUGGAAGGCGUGAAGGACGAAGGAGACGAGGAGCUGUACGCCAAACUGGAUGCCGCGUAUUCGAGCGACGAGGAAGACAUGGAGGAUGAGGACGAUGAGGCCUACCUUAAGCGCUUCGACAAUGAGAUCGCCGGUGCUACCGCCGAGGAUGGCAGCGAGUCCGUGGACGACGAGGCCGAUUACCCUGACUCAGACGAUGAAGUUGGUGAUUACUCCGACGAAGAUGACGACGAGGCUUUCGGCUAUGACGACGACGAUGAGGCGGCUACCGCCGCUGACUUUCGCGCCGGCGAAGUAGGUUUCAGUUCUUCUGACAGAGGAAACCACGGGUUAGACGAAGGUGCUGGCUCGUGUGGGGAACGGGAUGGCAAAUGUAACGAGGCAAGUGACAGUGGGCAGCACUCGCACACCGAGCAGCCACCUGAGCUGGCGAGCUCCCGUACUGGCAGUGCUAGCUAG